AUGCGAUUAGUGGAUCUGCGGCCAUGUCGAGCGGCGGCGGCGUGCGAAUUGUCCCUCCCCGGUGGUGAUGAUGACGACCGACGAUAUCACCGGGGCGGGGUGCAUUUAUUUCAAGCUGGAUCUGUGACCAUGUCGAGCGGCGGCGGCGUGCGACUUGUCCCUCCCCGGUGGUGA